UCUUUCUGUUUUUGUGUAUACAGCUGUCGCUGCCGUCCUUUUUGUCCAUCCAUGUAGUGUGGGCGGUGCAGUAGUGUCCUGAUGGGACAUUUUGAGUCAGAUGCAGCCCAGUAAACUUGACUAAACGCGCUGGCCGCGGUGCUGAUGUGUUGUGUGCAGGUUGGCGUCGCCCUGACAGACGGAUGAAUGCAGAAGAUCCGGGGCUGAGAUGAGAUAAGAGUCCUCGCCGUCUCCGUCUCCGAGCUGCUGCUGCAUAACGCCGAGCAAACAGGAAAGACGUGUAGCCCCCAAAACACCGGAAACAGGGAAUCAACAUUUGUCCAGUUAGCUGUGUCCUCUCUCCGCAUAUCCUCGCCAGCCCCAUGACGGUCCCGACGCUGUUCUCCGGAGGUGAUGCGAGCUGAAGCCGCGGGACGCCGCAGAGGAGCUGUCCGUGUGUCGAGGUGCUGAUGCGGCUGUGACAGAAACGAGCAUGGCUGCCGGGAAGUUGCUGCUCUACGCCGGGCUCUGUCUUUCUCUCUGCGCCCUGGGCAUGCUGGCCGUGGCCAUGUGCUCCGACCACUGGUACGAGACCGACGCCAGGAGGUACCGGGAGCGGUGCCGAAGCUUUUCCAGCCGCCGCAAGGACCCGGGCUUCAUCUACAUCCCCAACAACAGCCUGCCGCUGCGGGCCGGCCGGAACAGCCCGCCCCGCUGGGAGGAGAGGCUGCUGCUGGCCCGCAGCCGGCGGCAGCUGUUCGCCAUGAGCGCCGCGGAUGAGUGCAGCAGGCAGUAUAACUCCACCAACAUGGGGCUGUGGAGGAGGUGCCAUCGGCUGGGCUUCGACCAAGACAUCGAAGACCUAAUGCGGAAAGGUUCCAUUGUGAGGUGCUCCUACAUCAAAUAUCACUACUCCUCGGCUACGAUACCCAAAAACCUCUCCUACAACAUCACCAGGACGAUAAGGCAGGAUGAGUGGCACUCCCUCCACUUGCGGCGGAUGACGGCAGGCUUCAUGGGCAUGGCGGUGGCCAUCAUCCUGUUCGGCUGGGUCAUUGGUGUCCUCGGCUGCUGCUGGGACAGAGGCCUCAUGCAGUAUGUGGCCGGCCUCCUCUUCCUCAUGGGAGGAACCUUCUGCAUCAUCUCCCUCUGCACAUGCGUUGCCGGUAUCAACUUCGAGCUGUCCCGCUACCCGCGGUACCUGUACGGCCUGCCGGACGACAUCGGCCACGGCUACGGAUGGUCCAUGUUCUGCGCCUGGGGAGGCCUUGGCCUCACCCUCAUCGCUGGCUUCUUCUGCACCCUGGCCCCGUCCGUCCAGCCCAUACCCCGCUCCACCUGCCCCAAGUCCCGACAGGAGAACGGCACCGUCUGCUAAAGCUGCCCGGCCGCCAGACCACCGAAUCCACAGAAACAAACUCUUUCCACGUCUCCAUCCGUCUACUCAUCUCCAGUCUCUCCUGGUUACAGAUUUCUUUUUGGAUUUGUGUGUGUGUGUUUAAAAAAAUGGGUGUCUUGAUGAUAUUCUAUCUUGAAAAUAACCGAAAAUAACUUUACAAACUAAAGAAAUAUCGAAAAUAUGAAGUUUCAAGUGCUUGUUUUAUUGUUGUGGAGCAGACAGUGAAAUGAACCAUGACCCAGAAAUGUUUGGAAGGAAGUACAUGGAGACACUGAAAGACUACACGUUGGAUUGCUCAUAACCUCUAACGAGGAGACACAAUGGUGAUCCAGUGGGGAAGUGCUUCUAUGAACUGGUCUGGAGGGGUCAGCAGUGUCGGAGGGACGGACACAGGCAGAUGUGGACUUGUUCUCUCGGAGCUUCCUGUGGGAUCCUCCAGCAGGGAACGGGGAAAGACAUGAACCGUAUGACUUGCUGGCCUUGGACCAUGUUGAGCGGCCUGUCUGGGAACUCUUAGAGUACCAGCUGAUGAGCUCUACCCCCUCCCACCCUCCCCCAGGCAUCCAGGAGGUCCAGGGCCGCCACUCUUGUACAUUAUUGUACAGAAUAUUCCAGGAAGUGUGUCAUGUUGGACCAUUUUCAUUCUGGUGUACUGUAGGUGCAUUUCAUUCCGUGUGAUAAUCCUAUCUGUCAUUUAGCAUUUUAUACAUGCAUUCCUCAUUGAUUC